AUGACCUCUGAAAAGUCCAAUGCAGUAGAUGGAAAUCAUGCAACGAAUAAUCUCACAUCAUCGACCACUUCCAAUAUGAAUGAUGCUGGGCGUGGGGAGGUACUGUCGUCCACACCCAAUCCGAAUCACGAAGUACACCAUGAAACAAACGACAACGCAUCAAAUUCCUCCACUUAUAGCACUGGGACAUCUACCUCCAGCAAUUCGAUUGAAGAAAGACCCAAAACGAUAAGUCGUCGACGAACAAUACAAAACGAAGAUGACUUGUUCAGAGUUCUCUCCCGCAGAAGAACGUCCGCAACAGAUGGGAGCCAAGGCAAUGAUGAAGAAGAAUCACAAGAAAUAGAGCGCCUCGUGUCCCAAAUGUUUGGUCAGAAGCGCCAGCAACAGAGUGAAGAAGAGCAAACAAGACACAGCGGUGUCAUCUUUCGGAACCUGACCGUUCGUGGCGUGGGACUUGGGGCGAUGCUCCAACCAACAGUUGGCGAUGUCUUCCUCUCGUUGCCCCGAAUAGUUGGCAACUUCUUCAGGAAACUGUCAGAAAGAGGGGAAUCUGGGGCAAGCUCAGCUUUCAAAGCAGCAGUCGCUAAACCGCCUGUUCGGGAGCUGAUUAGUGACUUUAAUGGCUGUGUCCGCCCCGGAGAGUUGCUUCUUGUUCUCGGCCGCCCGGGGUCUGGUUGUUCCACGUUCCUCAAGGCGUUUUGCAACCAGCGAUCGGGGUUUGAGGGAGUCGAAGGCGAUGUGACCUAUGGAGGAACCGGUGCGGGGGAGAUGGCGAAAAACUUUCGUGGUGAGGUCAUCUACAACCCUGAAGAUGAUUUGCACUAUGCUACACUUUCUGUGAAGAGAACACUCUCCUUUGCGUUGCAGACAAGGACUCCAGGCAAAGAAUCCCGUCUUGAGGGUGAGAGCCGUCAAGAUUACGUCAAGGAGUUUUUGCGAGUCGUCACGAAGCUGUUUUGGAUUGAACAUACGCUUGGCACCAAAGUUGGCAAUGAGUUUAUCCGCGGAGUGUCAGGAGGAGAGCGAAAGCGGGUUAGUAUUGCAGAAGCAAUGGUCACUCGCGCCUCGGUCCAAGGAUGGGACAACUCUAGCAAGGGGCUGGACGCAAGUACUGCUCUCGAAUAUGUCAGGUCGAUUCGAAUAAUGACCAACAUGGCCGAUGUAUCUACCGCCGUGUCUCUAUACCAGGCAGGAGAGUCACUCUUCCAACUCGUUGACAAGGUACUGCUCAUCGACGAGGGAAAAUGCAUUUAUUUCGGUCCAGCUGAGUGUGCAAAGAAGUACUUCCAGGAUCUUGGCUUCGAGUGUCCUGAACGUUGGACGACCCCCGAUUUCUUGACUUCUGUCACCGACAAACAUGAGAGGAACGUCCGGGAUGGAUGGGAAGACCGUAUACCACGGUCUGCACAGGAUUUUGCGGACAUUUACAAAAACAGUCAAAUAUUCCGCGAUACCUUGGCUGACAUGGAUGACUUUGAGUCUACUACGAAGAAGCUGGAGGAAGAGAGACUGCAGAACCAAUCUGAGAAGACGCGGACCAAAAAUUACACUCUGCCUUUCCACCAACAAGUCAUUGCUUGUACAAAACGCCAGUUUCUAGUCAUGACUGGAGACAAGGCAUCUUUGUUUGGAAAAUGGGGCGGUUUGAUAUUCCAAGGUCUGAUUGUUGGCAGUCUCUUCUUCAAUCUUCAGCCAACUGCGGCUGGAGCGUUUCCCAGAGGAGGAACCCUGUUUUUCCUCCUCUUGUUUAAUGCACUUUUGGCUCUGGCAGAGCAGACGGCUGCUUUCGAAUCCAAGCCUAUUCUACUGAAGCAUAAAUCGUUUUCCUUCUAUCGUCCGGCCGCAUUUGCCAUUGCCCAAACUGUUGUGGAUGUGCCUCUGGUAUUCAUCCAGGUCGUCAUGUUUAAUAUUAUCAUCUAUUUCAUGGCGAAUCUUGCGAGAACUGCGUCUCAGUUCUUUAUCUGUACCCUCAUCUUGUGGAUGGUUACCAUGGUCACGUAUGCAUUCUUUCGUACGAUAUCUGCGUGGUGCAAGACGCUUGACUCGGCCACCCGGUUCACUGGUAUCUCCAUCCAGAUUCUAGUCGUAUAUACUGGUUAUCUUAUACCCCCUGACUCGAUGCAUCCAUGGUUCAGCUGGCUCAGGUGGAUCAAUUGGAUUCAGUACGGCUUUGAGUGCCUUAUGGCGAAUGAGUUUACGGGCCUGGAUCUCCAGUGUGUUCCUCCGUAUCUGAUUCCGCAAGUUCCUGGCGCGACACCACAGCAUCAGUCUUGCGCGCUCAAAGGGAGUGUUCCUGGAAGAACGUCAGUCGAUGGCGGCCAGUAUAUUGAGGAGGCGUUUUCAUACUCGAGAUCACAUCUGUGGCGCAACUUUGGGUUCUUGUGGGCGUUCUUCAUCUUCUUUGUGUCUCUUACUGCAUUGGGAAUGGAGAUGAUGAAGCCGAAUGCCGGAGGGGGCGCUAUCACGGUGUUUAAGAGAGGCCAAGUUCCGAAGCGGUUGGAGAAGAGUAUAGAAACCGGAGGGAGAAAGGGGGUUGAUGAGGAAGCUGGGCAUACGGGUGAGAUGCCUGCUUCUGCAAGUGGCGAAAGUGAUGAGAAGAAUGGGCAUGACGGGAACACCAUGAAGCAGGUGGCAAAGAACGAGACCGUUUUUACGUUUCAAAACGUCAACUAUACGAUUCCGUAUGAGGGAGGGGAGAGAAAGCUUCUGCAGGAUGUACAAGGAUAUGUGCGGCCUGGAAAAUUAACUGCCCUGAUGGGUGCAUCUGGUGCCGGCAAGACAACUCUUCUCAACGCACUUGCUCAACGUAUAGACUUUGGCACAGUUACAGGCGAUUUUUUAGUUGAUGGAAGGCCGUUACCAAAGUCGUUCCAGAGAGCGACUGGCUUUGCUGAACAGAUGGAUAUCCAUGAACCGACAGCAACGGUGCGAGAAGCACUCCAAUUCUCAGCUUUGCUACGCCAACCACGAGAAACACCACGAAAAGAGAAACUCGACUAUUGCGAAACAAUCAUAAACCUUCUUGAAAUGCAAGAUAUUGCCGGCGCUGUCAUCGGCAAAGUCGGGGGAGGACUCAACGCCGAGCAGCGAAAGCGACUCACGAUAGGUGUCGAGCUUGCUUCAAAGCCAGAGUUGCUCAUGUUCCUGGACGAGCCAACGUCAGGUCUUGACUCUGGUGCUGCGUUCAAUAUUGUACGAUUUCUUCGAAAACUCGCUGAUGCGGGACAAGCUGUGCUGUGUACUAUACAUCAGCCCUCGGCUGUUUUGUUUGAGCAUUUCGACGAGUUGCUGCUUCUGAAGUCUGGUGGCCGAGUUGUCUUCCACGGGCCCUUGGGCCACGACAGCCAGAACCUUAUUCAGUACCUGGAGUCGAAUGGGGCACAUAAAUGUCCGCCAGACGCAAACCCUGCUGAGUACAUGCUUGAGGUUAUUGGAGCUGGAGACCCGAACUAUCAUGGCAAGGAUUGGGGUGAUGUUUGGGCGCAGUCCGAGGAGCAUGGCAAACGAUCCAGCGAAAUAUCUGACAUGAUUGAGAAACGUAAGAACGUUGAGCCAUCGGAAUAUCUCAAGGACGACCGCGAAUAUGCCACGCCGUUGUCGCUUCAGACAUGGACUGUGGUCAAGCGCUCUUUUGUGUCUUUCUGGAGAACUCCAAACUACAUCGUUGGAAAGUUCAUGCUACAUAUCCUAACUGGCCUCUUCAACUGCUUCACCUUUUGGAGAUUGGGAUACUCGCAGAUCGACUACCAAAACAGGCUCUUCUCCGUCUUCAUGACGCUUACCAUCUCACCACCGCUCAUUCAGCAACUCCAACCCGUUUUCCUACAUUCCCGCAACAUCUUCCAGUCCCGAGAGAACAAUGCCAAGAUAUACUCCUGGUUCGCCUGGGUCACCGCAGCAGUAGUUGUCGAAAUCCCAUACGCAAUAGUAGCCGGUGGCGUCUAUUUCUGCUGUUGGUGGUGGGGAAUCUUUGGCACCAGAGUCUCAAGCUUCACCUCGGGAUUUUCCUUCCUCCUCGUUCUUCUUUUCGAGCUGUACUACGUCAGUUUCGGCCAAGCAAUAGCCUCUUUUGCCCCGAAUGAUCUUCUCGCGUCGUUGCUCGUGCCGAUAUUCUUCCUCUUUGUCGUCAGUUUCUGUGGUGUUGUCGUACCGCCUACGCAGCUUCCUACCUUCUGGAGAGAGUGGAUGUACUGGCUGUCGCCUUUUCACUACCUUCUUGAAGGAUUUCUUGGCGCCGCAAUUCACGAUCAACCUGUGAAAUGCGCGGAUAACGAACUGGCUCGCUUUUCCCCGCCCGCCGGCCAGUCGUGUCAGGGGUAUGCUGGGCCGUUCAUCAAGCAGGCUGGAGGUUACGUGCAGAACGGGUCUGGUGGCAUGUGUGAGUUUUGUCAAUAUGCUACUGGCGAUGAGUUUGGAAAAGGCUUCUCGGUUUACUACGACCAUAUAUGGAGAGACUUUGGUAUCUUUUGCGGGUUUAUCGCCUUUAACUAUGGCGUCAUCUACUUUGCUACGUGGCUGAGGUUCAAGGGCGGGAAUUUGAAGAGACUCUUUGCAAAGAGAAAGGUAGCAAAUGCCUAA